AAUUAUUACCUUUUAUAUCGGAUCGGAGUAAGUAUACCACUCAGUACCCGUUUGUUAGUGUCAUUAAAGCAUCUGGCAAAUUUCAGAUAUCACCAACACGCCUCAGAGACUGAAUGGAGUGAUGAAACUACGGCGGACGAUAACAAUUCUUCUGGGACUAAUCCUUUCCUCUUGUCUAGCAGAGACCACCAUCACUGAAGCGCCUUUGAAUUUUACACCAUCCAGUGAUGAAUAUGAGAUUUCAAGGACAGAGAAACCAGGCAGGCGUGUCUGCUAUUAUGAAAGCUGGGGAAUAUACAGACCUGGUGAAGGGGCCUAUGAUGUCAGUGAUAUCCCAGGAGACCUAUGUACUCAUCUGAUUUACUCGUUUUGCGGUGUAUCAAAUGUCACCUGGGAGGUUCUUAUACUAGAUCCUUGGGCAGAUAUUGAAAAAAAGGGAUUUGAGCACUUUGUCGAACUGAAAGAUAAGUUUCCAACCUUAAAGACCACCAUUGCUGUCGGAGGAUGGGGUGAGGGGGGCAAAAAGUACUCGCAGCUGGUCAGCAUACCGGAACGUCGGCAGGUUUUUAUUAGCAGCGUUAUAUCACUUUUGUCUACAUACGGAUUUGAUGGUUUCGAUCUUGACUGGGAGUACCCUGGGGCGUACGACAGAGGAGGCACUUACUCUGACAAAGAUAACUUUCUAAAACUAGUGACAGAACUCAGAGCUGCCUUUGAUGCCGAGGGAAAGGGAUGGGAACUCACAGCUGCAGUGCCCGUGGCCAGAUUUCGGCUUCAGGAUGGUUACCACGUGCCAGAACUUUGCAAGUUGCUCGAUGCUAUUCAUCUGAUGACGUACGACCUCCGAGGUAACUGGUGUGGCUUUGCAGAUGUUCACUCCAUGUUAUUCAAGAGACCAGAACUUGACCAGUGGUCAUAUGAAAAGCUGAAUGUGAAUGACGGAGCUCUUUUGUGGGAAGAAUUUGGAUGUCCUCGUAACAAAUUGGUAGUUGGGAUACCAUUUUAUGGACGCUCAUACACUCUGGGAUCACCCCAAAACCAUGGCCUCCACGCUGGGAUUAAGCAAUGGCUCGGUGGUGGAAAUCCUGGUCCUUACACCAAUGCCACGGGAGUUUUGGCAUACUUUGAGAUAUGCAAGAUGAUGCUUGAAGACUCAGACUGGGUUUAUGACUAUGAUGAUAAAGGACUGGUGCCUUACACUUACAAGGGUGACCAGUGGGUAGGCUAUGAAGAUCCUGAGAGUCUCAAGAUCAAAAUGGAUUACAUUAAGGAGAUGGGUUUUCUUGGAGCCAUGACAUGGGCCAUUGAUCAAGAUGAUUGGCACGGAUGGUGUAAAUCAGGACCAAAUCCCAUGAUGAGGGUCAUCUACGAAAGUCUCAAAAACUAUACUGUGCCAGACAUCGCCCCAACUAUUUCACCUACAACGAUGACAACUACUACAGAACCAUCCCCAGGACCAAAUACCACUGUCGAUCCUUUUGCUCCAACAACGACAGUUGGUCCUAUUGACUGCACGUUGCAAGAAUUUUGGCCGAAUGAAGACUGUGACAAGGUUAUGCAGGUUGGCCACUCUGACAGUAUAUACCGUGAAGGGAAGGAAUCCAGAGAAAUAUUUGGAAAGCCAAUCACCAGAAGAGAAGAAGAGGCAAACCACAUUGACAGUCAGGUAAAUUACAUGCAAGAGAUGGAUUAUGUCUCAGGUGGGUCAUAUGAUUUUGUCUGGGCUCAAAGUUCUUUGCCAGAGGAAGAAACACCAAUGCCACCAAUUGAGAUCUCUCACACAAAAACAGAUUUUUCUAAAAUGAGGGAUGCUUUAAGGAGGAAGAAAAAAUCAGAAAAGAAUAUGCCUAGAAAAAUGCAGAACCGUAAGCUAAAAAAAUACAACGUAGCCAAGGAGAGAAAAAUGAAUGAAAACAGCAUAGUAUUAUAGGAAAAUUGAUAGACUAUUCAUCAGUUUCAUGUGUACUUUGUGUGGAAUGUUAGUGAAGCCUCUGCUGGAUUAUGAAUUGUGUCAAGUCUUUACUUAUAUAUUCUCGAUUGUCGUAACUAAAGAAGAAUUGGUCAAUCUCAUCAACAAAAAAAUAAGGGGAGUUAUAUACUUUAGGUGAAGCUGUUAUUAAUGAUAAAUUGUAAGGAGUUUAGACAGCAACUCCGUGUAUUAAGUAUCCAUCAUUAAUGAAUUUUAUUAAAGUUAAGAUAUGAAGAAUGAACUAAUGAAAAAGUUUGAAGUUUAAACAACCGGUAUGUUAAAGUUUGUGUACUUUAUCAUCAUAUUAGCCCAUGUAAACUUUAUUGUGGUCAUUGGGUUUAGAUACUCUAACGAAUUUGAUUUGUUGCCCUGUUGUCAUCUCAUGAACAGUUUGCAUUAAAACUCAAUCUUGUAUAUGAGUAAAUAAAUUGGAAUAGGAGUUGUUGAACAGUUUCAAAGGUAGUUAGAUACUAUCAAAGUACAUUUUUUAUGUCUUCUUAGUGAGUGAGCAUGUUUGCACAGUUUGUGAUGUGCUCUUUAAGGAUAAAUUUACAGAUCUACUGUGAGUGCAUAUUAGCUGUUUUAAGGAAGUUAAUGAAACAUGAAGAUAUUUUUGGUGGUCAAACUGAGCCAAAAUAAAAAAAAAAUUAGAGGACAAAGGGACUGUGAUGAGUAGUUGCAACUGAAAGCAUAUGAAGAAUACAGGAGGACUAACUUCCCUUAUAAAGAGUAAAAGAUUAAGAAACCGUUCACAAAUGGACAGUGUCCCAGAACUCGGUAAAACUCUGGGAGGUAUAUCGAGUUAUUUCUGUUAUAACAUAACCUCUUUCAUUCUCAGAAAGUUCCUGUGAAAAACUUCUUGAAAAGCAGUAAAAUUCGCAAAAAAUAUAGUCUUGUUUGUUUCCCAAGAGAAAAUGUUUGUUGUAAUGAUAUGGGAUGAAAUUAUAGAAUGAUUCUGAGAUGUUAUGCAAAAAGGGUGGUAAUUUUGAGCAGACCUUUGUAAGAUUAGAUAUUAAAUAAUGCCCUACAUCCUUUUUUCAGAAACUGUAGUUUUAUAUGUAGAAUGGCUAAAGAGAAAGCAAAGCUGAUUGACAAAGAUGCUAAUUUUGCUGCGCAACCUUCUUGUGUGAAGUCCUCCUAUCCAUAUGUAUAGAAACUGUCCAAAUAUUUCCAUAUAAAUGUGUACAAUAUUAACAAUAACAAUACGUAUGUACUGAUAUUUUAUUAUUGAGAGAAGAUUUUUUUAUAAUCAAUGUGAAUUUAUCUACACCAACAUUUACCACCAAAGAGGUACUUUGGAUAAAAAGAAUGUUUAGUAAUACUCAACUGUAUCAAUUACUUCCUGUAAACCAUCCACACUUGAAGUCAAAAUGCAGCACAAAUGACCUGUAUUAUAUGUACAGUUUAUUUUUUAAAGUUACGCAAAUAAUGGUCAUGGUCUCAUUUGAAGGUAUGUUAGACACUAUACUCCCUGAGGUAGACUUAUCGAAUUACAUGGCCUUACUAAUAAAUCCCAAAUUGUCUAUUUUACCUUUUUUUUUUAAUAAAAAAAAAACAUUCAUGCAGUGACUAAUGAGCAUGUGACAGGCCCUUGUUUUUUUUUUAUACUGGAACAGUGGUUAUCAUUACGUUGGUUUGUAUGUUUUGUAUAUACUUCCAUGUAACCAUGAAUGCUUGAGUAAAUCAAUAUUACAUAA